GGGUUCUGGGUGAGAUCACACACAGCGACUAUUUUAAGAGCCUCUCUCUCUCUCUCUCUCUCUCUCUCUCUCUCUUCUUCGUUGAUUCUUCUUUCCAUAACAAAAUUCUGCUCCUCUCCACCACCAAAAAUCAAAAUCCCUUAUUUUCAGGGGUUAUUUUUUUUGCGUAAUUUGAAGUCACAUCCUUCGAAUCAUUGAAAAAUCUUCUUUCUUUUCCAUCUGAGGUUUAAAUGGGUUUCUAGUUUUUGCUUCAAUUCAACUUCAUUUUUCUAGAAUUUUGUGGGUUUUACUCAUUCCAACAUUUAAAAGGUUUUAUUUGGGUAUUUGUGUUCAAGAAACCUUUGAAGAAUUCCGUCUUUUCCCAUCUGGGUUUAAUUUCUUUUCCAAUCUUGUUCCGAAGUCCACUUCAUAUUUUCUUUAUUUUAUGGGUUUUACUUCUUUCAACAUUUGAAGGGCUGUUUUGCGUUUGAUUGCUUCUCUCUUUAUUGAAUUUCAAAAAAUCUUGCAAACCAUGCUGUAAAAACCCUGAUUUUGUUCCUUACUUUUCAGUUUACCCUUUCUUCCGACUAUAUAUAUACCAUGGAUUUGAAGAAAUUUCAAGAAUCAACCGAUGGUGAGACUGCUACCAUGAAACCCGAAUCAAGAAGCGUUGGUUCUUCACCAAAAAAUUCGAGUGGUCAACUAAGUGGUUUAGGUUCAAAGUCGAAGGAAUUUGGCAAUAUGAAUAAUAAAGAAAUGUUUUUGAGGGCUGAUAAGAUCGAUUUCAAGAGCUGGGAUGUUCAAUUGGAUAAACAUUUGAGUAGGGUUUGGUCAAGAGAUAGAGAGAAAGAAGCAGCUCAUACUAAAAAAGAGGAAUGGGAAAUUGAUUUAGCUAAAUUGGAUAUAAGGAAUGUUAUCGCUCAUGGAACUUAUGGUACUGUUUACAGAGGCGUUUAUGAUGGUCAAGAUGUUGCAGUGAAGGUAUUGGACUGGGGAGAGGAUGGACUUGCCACUGCUGCUGAGACUGCGAAUCUUCGGACAUCUUUUCGACAAGAAGUUGCUGUUUGGCACAAACUUGACCACCCAAAUGUCACCAAGUUUGUUGGAGCUUCAAUGGGGACUUCAGAUCUUAAGAUCCCAACAAAUAACACUUCAAAUGCUGCUCAGAACUCUUUACCCUCAAGGGCUUGUUGUGUUGUGGUGGAGUAUCUUCCCGGUGGGACCCUCAAGAAAUACCUAAUCAGGAAUAGUAGAAAGAAACUGUCUUUCAAGAUUGUUGUUCAGCUUGCUUUAGAUCUCUCUAGAGGUUUAAGCUACCUUCACACAAAGAAGAUUGUACACCGUGAUGUGAAAACCGAAAAUAUGCUGUUGGAUUUAAAUCGAACCCUAAAGAUUGCUGAUUUUGGAGUUGCUCGUGUUGAAGCUCAAAACCCUAGAGACAUGACUGGUGAAACAGGAACUCUGGGCUACAUGGCUCCAGAGGUUCUUGAUGGAAAACCCUACAAUCGGAAAUGUGAUGUGUAUAGUUUUGGGAUUUGUUUAUGGGAAAUUUAUUGCUGUGACAUGCCCUAUGCUGACCUUAGUUUUGCUGAAGUAUCCUCUGCAGUUGUUCGUCAGAAUCUACGACCCGACAUUCCAAAAUGUUGCCCGAGUGCAUUUGCAAGCAUUUUGAAAAAAUGUUGGGAUGCGAACCCGGACAAGAGACCCGAAAUGGAUGAGGUGGUGAGGCUUUUAGAGGCGAUUGAUACAAGUAAAGGCGGUGGAAUGAUCCCCGAAGAUCAAGCCUCUGGUUGUCUUUGUUUUGCCAAAACCCGUGGCCCCUGAUUUAUAUCGUUUUUCCUCAUCAUUUUGCAUAAGUUUACGAGGACGUAAACAGACACAAAAAUUUUGUCACUUUGUCAAGCAUAUUUAUAUAUGCCUUAUUUGGUUGUUUGCUAUAUAAAUAUUAUUAUAACAAUUACUGUUUAUAUA